CUCUCCAUUUUCAGGGCUCAACAAAGAAACACAGAGAGAGUUGUGAGAUCUGAAUUGAGUCCAAUUUGGUUUUUUGUAUCCAAAUCCAUCAAUCAUCUACCAGUGAAUGAUCGAUCAUCAAAUAUUGAUGGCUUCUCCAUCAGAUACCAGCAAGAGCAGCAAGCUCGAACGGUACAACAGUUAUCUCCGCCCCAUAAACCACACGAAGCUCUUGGCAGCUUCAUCUAAGGUUCUCUUCCGUGCAACCCUUUUCGUAGCUCUCAUUCUCAUCUUCUUCUUCACCCUUAAUUACCCUCCUCUUUCCGAUAAUCCCCACCGUGUUCACGUCCAUCAGAAUUUCCUCACCCACGCUUUUUACGGUAGUAACACGGGCGGCGCCGCCUGGGAGAAACAGGUCCGUCACUCCUCCACUCCUCGCCGACCCAAUGGGUUCUCUGUACUUGUUACCGGUGCAGCCGGUUUCGUCGGUACACACUGUUCCCUCGCAUUGAAAAAGCGUGGAGAUGGUGUUCUCGGCCUUGACAACUUCAACUCCUAUUACGAUCCAUCUCUGAAACGAGCCCGUCAAGCUCUGCUCUCCAAACACCAAAUCUUUAUCGUCGAAGGCGAUCUCAACGAUGCUCUGUUGCUCUCCAAGCUCUUCGAUGUGGUCCCCUUCACCCAUAUCCUUCACUUAGCAGCCCAAGCAGGUGUUCGGUACGCAAUGAAGAAUCCCCAAUCGUAUGUGAACUCUAACAUAGCUGGGUUUGUGAAUCUGCUCGAGAUCUCCAAAGCGGCUAAUCCACAGCCAUCCAUUGUGUGGGCCUCAUCGAGCUCCGUCUACGGUCUUAACACACAGAAUCCAUUCUCAGAGUCUCAUAGAACAGACCAACCGGCGAGUCUCUACGCGGCCACCAAGAAAGCCGGUGAAGAGAUCGCACACACAUACAACCACAUCUACGGGUUAUCUAUCACGGGUCUACGGUUCUUCACGGUUUACGGACCCUGGGGCCGACCCGAUAUGGCUUACUUCUUCUUCACCAAAGAUAUAUUACAGAAGAAGCCCAUAACGAUCUACAGGACAGCCGACGAUAAGGAGGUGGCGCGUGAUUUCACGUACAUCGAUGAUGUCGUAAAGGGUUGUAUGGGCGCGUUGGAUACAGCGGAGAAGAGCACGGGGAGUGGUGGAAAGAAGAAAGGUCCAGCACAGCUGAGGAUUUACAAUUUGGGUAACACGUCGCCGGUGACGGUGGGAAGGCUCGUGACGAUACUGGAAGGUUUGUUGAACGUGAAGGCUAAGAAGAAUGAGGUGAGGAUGCCUAGAAAUGGGGAUGUGCCGUUCACGCAUGCUAACGUGAGCCUGGCGUACAAGGAUUUCGGGUACAAGCCUACAACUGAUUUGGGCACCGGGUUGAGGAAGUUCGUCAAGUGGUAUGUUGGGUAUUAUGGGAUACAGUCGAGGGUAAAAAAGGAAUAUGAUGCUGUUGAUUCUUCUUCAUCUUCGUAAGAAUAUGAAGAAGAAG